UAUUUUCGGAAAUAAUAGGCAACCCUGUUCCAGCUGUCAUUAAACCAUUUGUUUGCGUGUUCAAACCGUAGAAUUAAAUCUCUUUUAGUGGCUUCAAUUGGCAAAUAAAAGCUCACCGAGCACGAAACAUAGACUCGGACAGGACAAAAUGAUGCACACACUACUGCUCGUCGCUCUUGCGCUUGUCAGCUGCCUCUCCAGCGGAGCCGCCAACCAGGCGAACGUGGUAACCUGUGGUUCCAUUUUGAAGCUCCUUAACUCAGAUUACGCCUUCCGGCUUCAUUCGCACGAUGUAAAGUACGGCUCCGGAUCUGGACAGCAGUCGGUGACGGGCGUGGAGCAGAAAGAAGAUGUGAACAGCCACUGGGUGGUGAAGGCGCAGACAGGGGAGCUGUGUGAACGUGGGGAGCCCAUUAGUUGCGGCUCUACUAUAAGACUCGAGCACCUGACCACCAAAAAGAACCUUCACUCGCACCACUUCUCAUCGCCUCUGUCCGGCGAGCAGGAGGUGUCCGCAUACGGUACCGAUGGUCUCGGAGACACUGGCGACCACUGGGAGGUUGUGUGCUCAAAUGACAAGUGGAUGCGGGACGCCCAUGUGCGACUGCGCCACAUAGACACCAGCAUGUACUUAGCUAUGUCAGGCCGCUCCUACGGUCGUCCGAUCUCCGGCCAAAUGGAAAUCGUAGGCGUUUACAAGCAACAACACGGCACGCGCUGGACCACGGCGGAGGGACUGUUCAUCGUGCCAAAGGAAAAGAGUUCCACGCACGAAGAGUACAGCCACUCUGAGCUGUAGUUGGCAGGGCCCUAGGCUCUACGACUGCACCAUUUCCGCCGCAUCCUAUUUUUAGUCCUUUAAUAUCUAAUUUAGUUGAAUUUUGUAUGUGAAGCCAAAACACCGCGAGUUUAUUUUGUAUUAGACCAACAAAAAACAAAUUAAAACUAUUUAACUUCGA